AUGAGCAGCAAUUACAUACUUACAAUCAAAUAUGUGAUCGAUCAGAUCACACGUUUCGUACCCUAUAUUACUAUUAUAGCUGGUACAAGUGGUGGUCUCUGCAAUCUUUUCACAUUUACUUCAAGGCAGCUACGUGGCAAUGCAUGUGCUUUCUAUUUACUAUUUUCGGCUGUGUUUGAUCUUAUCUCGAUUCUGUUUGGUGGUGUCACACGACUCAUGCUCGAUCAUUACACAAAUCUAUUGCCUAUUGAAUCUUCUUGGUUUUGCAAAUUACGAACCUAUCUUGCAAUUCUUCCACCAGGUUUGGCCACCUAUUUUUUAACACUAUCUGCAGUUGACCGAUGCUUAUUGACUUCACGAUCGGCAAAUCAUCGUGCCUGGAGUCGAAUAAAAGUAGCUCGACGUACAGUUGUCAUAACUACAUUCAUCUGGUUACUAUCCGGCAUUCAUCUUAUUAUAUGUUAUGAUGUACAAGUAAUUAACGUAAACAACAAUGUUUUCCUAUGUGUACCUUUUGAAAACAUCUAUUCAAUUUUUGUCAGCAUCUACUUUUUUGUAUGUUUCCUACUUACACCCUGUGUUAUCAUGAUUGGUUCAAGCAUUCUAACAUGGACACAUAUCAAGACGUUGCAACGUCGUGUAGGUCCUGAACAAUUCCAACGAAUAGCAAAUGGUCGUACCGAUCGCCAUCUCAUUACGAUAAUGUUUGUACAAAAGAAUACGUACGUUCAUAAUGAGUAUGUUUCAGUAGCUUCAACCAUUGAAGAACUUCUAUAUUUUUGGAUACAAAACAUUGAAUCAAUUGACUUUCAAAUUAAUCUUAAUGGUUGA